AUGCAACAAACUCCAGUAACUAUUGCUGAACCGCCUGUACCCAAAGAGCCUCCCCCAGAGUUUGAGUUCCUGGCUGAUCCACCCACCAUAUCUGCACUAGACCUGUAUGUAUUCUAAAAUUGAAAGUUAAGAUUUAUCAUUAUCAGCUUCAAUACAUAGCCACUUGGAAAGACACCAUUAUUUAGGAUCUUGGAGUCGAAAUUUUCUAUCCUAAUUAAAAGGUGCAUCAUUUCCCAAAUGAUGAUGGACAACAUCCGUAGUAAACAUUACAUAACAUCCCCUGUUAGUUAGUUUAGUGGAAACUUCCCAAUGGUCAUAUUUUCAUUUUAGUUCAUACAUGUAUGUAGCAAAAUGGUAAACAGCUCAGCGUGAACUAUUGGGUUAUGUGUGUACAAGGGAGUUUGCUAGGCAAGCUGAAAGAAGUGUAAGAAACAUAUCAAGCAAUACAUAUGUAGCUAAGUGUGACUCUAGCUUCUUGGCAUUAGCAAUUCUCUCAAGUGCAGCCAUAACUCAAUAGUAGAUGCUGAGUUUUUUACCAUUUGUUACAUAGUAAAAUCAAAUAUAUGUGAUUGUACUCCUACCUUUUGUAAAAGAACACAAUAUUUUUGGAUUUAGUAAAAUAAUAUAACUGUUGCUUUUCUAGUUUUAGUAUUAAGAAGUAUGCUCUAGUUUCUAUGAUUUGAGUUGUUCUGUGAACUUGUGUAGGAACAUUGUUAAGCUGACAGCACAGUUUGUGGCAAGAAAUGGACGUCAGUUUUUAACCAAUCUUAUGAACAGAGAACAGGUACGUGUAGACUACAGUACAUGGUAGUAUCAUUGGAGUAAAGCUUUUGUUUGGACAAAUAAUUACUCAGAAUAGACCCUCCCAUGUCCAGCCAUCUUGACCAAAUAAACUUGGUCAAAAACGUUUUUGUAAUAUGGCCACUCCUUGGAAACAUUAUUUUUUUUGACGCACUAAAGUAGAAAAUUCCAUGUGGUAGGCAAGGUGUAGGCAAUGUGUCUUGCCUACACUGGUAGCUAAUCAGGACACAUGAUUUGCUUUAUCUUGCUCCCUCAUAAAAGCAACCAUAAUAAUAAGAAUAAACAAUUGAAAAUAUAAUUUAUCAUGCUGUUUAAUAGUAGCAUUUGUAGCAGCAAGUGGCAAGUUUUGUAACCUGAAGUGGACUUACAUAUCCUUUGUUUUGUUUUUUUGGUAUUAUUUUAACUGACUGUUGGAUUUUUUUUUUAUAGCGGAACUAUCAGUUUGACUUCUUACGUCCCCAGCACAGUCUGUUCAACUACUUCACCAAACUUGUAGAACAGUACACAAAGGUGAGACCUCAAGUAUACUUCUGACAGUGAACUGUUACAAUGCAGUACGUAUGUAGCUCUAGCAAGUAUGGUAACAGCUACAUUGUGUGUGUGCUUUUGACUUGAUGUUUAUUUUAGUAAGCCAAGAAAGCAUUCUACACCACACAAACCCGAAGUGUGCCAAACUUGAAUUAUGACAUUGUGUAGCAUCUCCUCAGAUACAAUGUAACUUAAGAUGCCUUGCUAGUAUGGGCAACCCUUUGUAAGUUUUUAAUGUAAAAUUCAGCACAGCCUGUUAUUAAGGGUCAGCAGCCAUUGAUUGAUUUGUCUGCCUUUAGGACUUAUGAGCCAUGGCUGCUUAGUUACAUGCGGAAGUAUUUUAACACUAAUCAAGGCAGAAAAUGUCAAAUCCCAAACUGCUUUUCCCACCCCUCUACUUACAUACAUAUGUACUUCAAUGUAAUAGAAGCUGUGCUACACUUUUUGGCAGGAGUUCCAGUUUCUUUAUUAUUUUGUUCUACUUUAAUUUGUUCUUUUUUUAUGAAAUUACCUGUUUUGUUUUACUAGGUUCUGAUUCCACCAAGUGAUGUAAAAGAAAAGUUACUAAAAGAUGCAAACAAACCUAAAGAGGUGCAUACAAGUGCAUAAUUACAUGUGUAUUGUGUAUUAGAAGCAAUUGCAUCCAUAAGCAUUUUUUUUAAAGUUUUCACAUUACUAUGCAGAAUUCUCCGGCUGACAUUCAGAAGCGUAUGACUAUUUUUAUUCAGAAGUGGAGCCUCUUUCAAAGUAUUCUCCUGUUAUGUUACACCUUUCUCCUGCUUCUAGAAUUCUUAAUAAAAACCCUGACUGAGUAGGACUGUUUGUACAAAUUGUAGAAAAGGAAUGGUGGCAUUCUAAACAGCUCUGUUCAUGUAAAUGGUUAUUGUAGAUCUUGGAUCGUGUCAUGUACCGAGUGGAGUGGAUACGUCAUCAGGAGAGAGAAAGGAAAAAGCUGGAGGAUGAAAAGGAAAAGGAGAGAGGUCAGUUUACUUGCUUGAAAUAUUAUAAAUAAGCCGAUUUAGCAACAGAAUGGGAAUGUACAUGUAAGUUGACAACACUGUGUGCAAAUCAAACAACUGGCCUGACCAAUGGCAGAGUGGCAAAUUCAGCACAGGAAGUUGCAUUUAGUCUUUUUCAAACGCUUUCCUGUCAUCAACUGACGUUCCCAGUCUGUUGCUAAAUCAGCCAAAUAUCGAUCAUGACGAAUCACAUUCAUUUUUUACACUAUAACUACAUGUAUAGUUUAUUUAGCAUCCUCACCUCCACUAGUAGCACAGCCAUUGAUUUACUGUGAGUUUUAAUUCUGGUGCCCAUGAGAUGCGGGGAUGUCACUAACAUUUCAAGUUACCAGGUAAAUACUACAUGUAGGCGGGGAAUUAGACAGGUAAGGAUUUCUUUUGGUUAUAUUUUUAGUCUAUUUUCUUAUGAAAGUAGCUGGAGGCCACAUUUAUAGGAGCCGGAGAAAAACCCCUGCUGAUAGCCCUGAGUUGGGCACCAGAUUUACUGUGCUUAUCACAAAUGUGCGAACUCUAAAGUUCAAAAGCCGCCUUCACAAUUGCGUUUUUUGCUGCCGUCAAUCAUAAUUAUGAUCACAAGCAACGAACCUUGAAACACAGAAACUCACAAAACGGAUCGAAAUCCACCAAUCAGAAAUCACAAUCCAUGACCUUUUGAACCCGUUAAAGUAACGUUUUGUUUCCUAAGAGGUCCGUUACGAUGAUUGACAGCAGCGAAAAAUGCAAUCGUCAGUUGGGUUUUGAACUUCAGAAUUUGCAUGUUUGUGAAAAGUGCAGUAAAGAGAUGUCCAUUUUUUGCUUGGGGACAUGAAAAUUUUUAACAAUGCUUGGAAAGUUGAAUGUAUGCUCUAGAAUCUUGCAUCUGCUGCAGUUUAUGUAUACUAAGCAAAAUGCAUGCAACAUUUGCAUGGUAUGAUUUUGUUAAUUCAAGUCUUACAACUGAUAUUUGUUUUUUCUUUUUUGUCCACAGUUGCCUUUGCCUCAGUGGACUGGCACGACUUUGUUGUUGUAGAAACAGUGGACUUCAAAGACAGUGAAACAGGUAAAACCAUCAUAAAUCAUGAUAUACCAUGUGAUUAUGUGGAUUGGUGAGUGCCAUAUUAGAAGCACUUAGAAGUGUGUUGAUAAACACUUUAUAGCAAGGUGUCUACAGUCUUUUAGCGACUGCAUUGAGCAAUACAUACAUGUAAUACAACCGUCUAUAACAUACCGUUGAACAGGUUAAAUUUUACCUUGGAUUUAAUUUCAGCUUACUUUGUUACAAAAGAGAAAAAUAAGGGUGCACUCUAGGUAGGGAAGCGUAAGGCACCUGGGAAUACUUUGACUUGAGGAGGACUGAAAUAAUAAUAUUAUUAUUGAUUUUUAGCAAUAUUAUAUUUUGACUUGAUUUGUUUCUGUAGCACCAUUAUGACAUGUUUAUCUAUUUUUUGAGAUGAAGAGAUUUUAUUAUCUUCUUGUUACUCAAAAAUACGUACAUUGUGAACUGUAUUUGCAUCCUACUCAUUUGAUUCCGUAGUUAAGAAAUUAAAAGUACAUGUGAUUGUUUUCUUUAGCUAACUUACCACCACCAGUGAGUAAAGAACAGCUUGGAGCAAGAAUAUUGGCACAAGAGAGAUAUGAACAGAUUCAGGUAAUAGCAGAUUGCAGAGUGACCUAUCCCUAUCAAAAGCCCUUGCUGAGAGAUGUUAUUUGUUUAUUUAUUUAUUUAUUUUUUUAUUUAUCUUGUGUCUUUGUUCCAUACAAUCUGCAACUUUGCAAAGUAUACUUUAGACUUGCCACAAAUCGACCUUGUGAGUUUCACAGCAGAAAAGCUGUUAAGUGGGCUGAGCAAUCUUUUAGGCUACUUUACACACUCGUCCUUGCCGCAUACUCAGCGAAUGUUUAUUUAGCACAUACCUGCACUUACUGUUAGUAUUUAGUACAUAUCACUUCCUGAAAUUUAGUUUCAUGUAGUACACUGUAGUUCUAGUUCUGUUAUACUGGUAAUCAGAUCAUUUAUAGAUUCUCUCUCAUUCUUUUUCUUCCUUUUUUGUAUUUUUUAGGUUGACGUCCAGGCCCCACUUGUUCAAAAGGAGGAUAACGCUAUCCACCCCACAAAUCACUGUCCGCUGGAUAACGUAAUUGGUUUCCUAAACACUUAUCCGCUGGAUAGCGCUAUCCAACUUUCGACCAACAGGAGCCAGACGAAAAAAUGAGGACAACAUAUUUUUUUUAUAAUUUAUGUGAUAAAUACAUGGAAGUCACAAAAAUUAGUAUUUCAAUGAGUGAAUCGAUUAUUUUAUUUAACAGGAGGAAGGAGGCGCCCCUGAGGAUAUGGAAGUUAACAUGGAUGUAGAGAUGGAAGUUGAUGAA